UUUCAGUGGAAGCAGGCAGGGGAAUCCCUUCACUUAGGGGGACGCCCUGUCCCCCCCUUUCGGAGGGCACAAUGGUGCAGUCUGCCCGGAGUGGCGGCCUCCCUUGACGCUUCUGCCCGUAGUUGGGGCGCUCUUGGCCUCCCUCCCUCCUGCGAUGGAGUUCUCUGCCCCGCAGGAAGAGCCGCGCACAUCCCUUUUGCUGCGUUCCCAAGGGGGACUCCAAAGAAGCCUGGACAGGAUGAGGCUCUGCGUGGGAUCCAAUUUAUGAAGGAACAUUAACAUUUCAAGCGUUAGAACACCAAUGAACGUUACAGUAGAAAUGCCGAAGGAAAUAUUUCUGAUGAGAGAUCAUCCUUCAUUAUUCAGAUCCUGCGAGACUGGGUAGUAUUUUUGGUAUGCCGGAAAAACUUUCUGGAGGCAACACAGCACAAGACAUGAUGCUGUUGAUGGCCUCAGAUGACGGCCCUAAACAAAGGAACUGGGGCUUACUGGUCACUGGUGUUAUUGGUGGGUCAUUAGUGGCCCUGUACGCUGUUGCUACGCCAUUUAUUGCCCCUGCACUGAGGAAGCAUUGCCUGCCAUAUGUCCCUGCAACUUCAAAGCAGGUUGAAAAUGUCCUGAGGAUGCUAAAGGGCAGAAAUGGACCCCUGGUUGAUAUCGGUAGUGGUGAUGGGCGCAUUGUAAUAGCAGCUGCAAAAGUUGGAUUCAAAGCUGUUGGUUACGAAUUAAAUCCUUGGCUCGUGUGGUAUUCCAGGUACUGUGCCUGGAGAGAAGGAGUUCACCAGAAUGCCAAAUUUUACAUUUCAGACUUAUGGAAGGUACGAGAACAUUUACAACUGAUAAGUGGUGCAAGUAAAAUGGUCAGUUUUUCCCAGUACACAAAUGUUGUUAUAUUUGGAGUACCUCAAAUGAUGCUGCAACUAGAGAAGAAGCUUGGAGAAGAGUUAGCGUUCGACGCCCGGGUCAUUGCCUGCCGCUUUCCUUUCCCCCACUGGAGACCAAAUCAAAGCCUUGGAGAGGGCAUUGACACCGUGUGGGCCUACGAUUCAGGAUCCUUUAGAAUGAAAGAAGAAAAUGAUGUGAUUAAGACUAAGUGCAUUCUUUCUAAUUAGUUGAAAUUCCAGAAGGAUUGCCCUGGUGCCUUUAAACAGUGAAUGUGGCUGUUUUAUAGAUAGUAUUGUGUCUCUUAGGCAGGUGGGAGAAUAUGUCAGAAGUGGUAGCACUAAAUGCUUUCCUGAAUAUUUCCUGUAUCUUGUCAAGGAGGGCUUCAGUCAUGAAAAAUACUUGUACAAUUUUCCCCCACCCUAGUCAUGGUUAGGUGGGAUAUAACUUUAAAAAGUAAACGACAGAAUUGUGACUUACCAGUUCUUAAAAAUGUGUCCUCAGUUAUAUGUGUAUCUUGCUAUAAUGCACAUUCAAUUGUAAUUUCUAACAAGGUUUUAUUAAAAAUUGGGCUGUCUGAUACAGCUAACUUUCCUUUGAGUAUUCUUUGUGCUUUAUGAUUAGAUGAAGACCUUAGGCACCCUUCCUCUCUCCCUCGCCGCUUCCUCUUCUAUCUCCCCUCCCCUUUCCUACUCAAUACACUUCUACUUUGUCAGAACAAGAAACUGUAUUACCACAUUUUAUGAGGACAGAGAUAUUUAAAGUGCCUGCCAGGGUGCAGGAUCAUGGAGGUGGGACA